UCUUGAUAACUUAAUUUCUUCAACGCAUUUCUCUUAGACAUAUUUUUUCUUCAACGUGCAAACUUACCAAUAUGUCGUGGAGAAAUCAAGGAAUUACUGGAUCCAACAACAUUCCUCUCGGCAAAAGUCGACGAUUUGGAGGCGAAUUAGACGAUGCGAUCGAGCCACGCGAAAAUGGAAGCGAUAGCUUCAGCCUUUCCAAUGGAGACCGCGACUUGAAGCGCGGUCGCAGCCCCGAGCCAAGUAGGCCAUCCACUAUAUGCUAUGUAUAGUAUUCAUUAUGAUGUAGAAGCUAAUCACGAAUCUUUUAGGAACCGAUGCCGAUGGCCCUCGA